AUGGAACAAACAAAUAAUCAUCACGAAAAUUCGGAGGAUGAGGAAAUGCAACAAGAUGGUGGUGAUGUAAAAUUUGAUGAAGAGGAAGAAAUAGAUUUGGAUAGUGUGAUGAAAAUUAAACAAUUGGCCAAGAUGAGAGUUUCGAUGGGAGGAUUUGAUGAUUUGGAUGCCCUGUUAGAUGAUGAUGCAGCACCAGUAGAUGAAUCAUUACUCUUAUCAAUGAAAAGAAAAUCAACAACAAAUGAAGAAGAAGAAACUACCAACAAUGAUGAUGGAGAACAAGCAGACGAAGAAGAAACAACCGAAAAGAGUGAAAAGACUUCCAAGGGUAGAAAGAAGAGAUCCAGAAACAAAUCAAAGAAAAAGGAAAAGCAAGUUAAAGAUAUGGAAGAUGCAGUCUAUGCACAAUAUAAGAGAAACAAAACUAUUGAUGAAGAUUUACCCUCAAGACCUGUAAAAUAUAUCAAUUCAUUGGAUGAUUUGAUUCCUAAAAUUUUAACUCACUUGGGGCCAAUUGUUAAUAGUUUUGCUUGGUACGUAGUGUUGAAUUCGAAUUAA